AUGCCCUCCCCACGUCCAGGCGUAUUUGCAGGCCAAGGUUUUUGUGCACGAAACGCGCGCUCAGCCAUAAGUGAUCCGGAUUCUGCGUUGGGCAGUGACUCGGCAACCAGCACCUCCGUCUCCAGUUACAUUCCAACUAAGCACUACGGGAAGGUGGGACCCGAGGGACCCUGGAUCGGCACCCUCAUCCUUGGCCCCGGAAUGGAGGUGCUGUGCGACGAGGCUGCGUCCAGCACAAUGGAGGCCCCAUUGCCACCGCCACCGAUGCCCCAUCGCAUUCUGGAACGAAGGGUAUGUGAGCUGACCGCUAUGCUGUCUAACUGUGUUAUCCCUUACACUGCGCGUGGUGAGUUUCGGUAUCUUCGCCAAAUGAGAGGAAAAUAG